AUGGUGUGACCAGCCCUCUUGGAAGCCUCAGUUGGCCAUAGCUCAGGAAGAUUUCUUGGACGCCAUCUUGUUUCAGAGCUGCUUCUUAAGCUACUUGGGAAAAAUGAUGUGACAGUUCAUUUCAAAAAGGAGUUUUUUGAAAUAUAACUUCUGUGAAGAAAGUGGUCCUUUUUCUCUUUUGCAAAAUAGACAUUCUCAAAUUCCAAAAUGCCAGCCAAGACCCCGAUUUAUCUGAAAGCUGCCAAUAAUAAGAAAGGAAAGAAGUUUAAACUGAGGGACAUUCUGUCUCCCGAUAUGAUUAGUCCUCCCCUUGGAGACUUUCGCCACACCAUUCACAUUGGCAAAGAGGGCCAACAUGAUGUUUUUGGGGACAUUUCCUUUCUUCAGGGCAACUAUGAGCUUCUACCUGGAAACCAGGAGAAAGCACGCAUGGGCCAGUUCGCUGGGCAUAAUGAGUUUUUCCGGGCCAACAGCACCUCUGACUCUAUGUUCACAGAAACGCCCUCCCCAGUGCUCAAAAAUGCCAUCUCUCUCCCAACCAUCGGAGGGUCCCAAGCGCUCAUGCUGCCCUUAUUGUCACCAGUGACAUUUAAUUCCAAGCAGGAGUCCUUUGGCCCAGCAAAGCUGCCCAGGCUCAGCUGUGAGCCUGUUGUGGAGGAAAAGGCUCAAGAGAAAAGCUGUCUUCUGGAGAACGGGACAGUCCACCAGGGAGACACCUCAUGGGGCUCCAGUGGUUCCGCGUCUCAGUCCAGUCAGGGCAGGGACAGCCACUCGUCCAGCCUCUCUGAACAGUACCCCGACUGGCCGGCGGAGGAUACGUUUGACCAGCCUUCCCCAUGUGAGCUCAUCAAGGAAAAGACAAAAUCAGAGGAGUCCCUCUCUGAUCUGACAGGCUCCCUCCUCUCCCUGCAGCUUGACCUGGGGCCUUCACUUUUGGAUGAGGUGCUGAAUGUCAUGGAUAAAAACAAGUAACAGAACACCAGCCCAUUUCCUCUGGGGUGAAAGGUACCGAAAAGCCAAAACUAACCACAGUCAAGGAGGAGAGCUUCACUGGUUAUAUUUGCAAUUGUGCCAUGGGUUUUCUAAAAUAACAUUCCUACAAGAUAUUUUUUUACCUAUUGUGUUUCGUCCUUUUUGCAAAAUGUUUUUUUACAAAAGGAAAAAAAAAAAAAAAACCCUAUCCUGGCAAAAAGAGGAAAUGAGUCAGUCAGCGCCCAUUUUCGGCAGGCAUUGCUGUUUUUCAGCUCACAUUUUUGUUUGCAGACAAGUAAGGAAUCUGGCUUGACUGGGAUUGGCACUAGUUAUGAAGAGCUGGGAGAGUCAAAGGAAGGAACUUUGCAGUACUCCAGCAUUUUCUGAGCAAGAGGAAGUCAAAAUUAUUUAACACCUAAGCCUUUUUUCUAGACUCUUCUAUAUUGUACUGUUUGGGUUUACCAUAGCAAAUUCUUCAGUGUUAAAACUUUUCUCUGUUUUCACAUUUGAAUAAUUUUAUGGGCUUGGGGGAUUUUCUUGUAGUUCUUACAUAUCCCUAUAUAUUAUAUCUAUAUUGCAAAAUUUUGACUGUCACCUACAUGUUGGUAAGACACAAGCAAAGUAUUACUGUAACUAAGUUAUUUUUAAAGUUAAAAUAUAUUUUUAUGUGCCUUUGGCUUUUUAUUGCAGAGUCUACAUUUUAUAGAUAUUGCAUCAAAUGUUAUUUGACUUGUUUCCGUUGAGGUUCCAUUGUAAGCCGUGUGUGGAUGUGUUUGGAAAAGUGUAUUCAUACUUAGUGUUAUUUUUUUUUUCCACCUGUUAUCAUACUUCUAACAGCAGCCAACAAUGGCUUGUAAAGUAUAAAGGCACAGGUUACUCACGAUGCUUCUGCAGAGACUGUGGGCUUCACCACAUAAUGUAUUUGGAAAUAUGGGUAUUUUAGUACAGUGCAUACUUGGAUUACGUAGGUACUUCAUGCAACACAAUAAAGAGUAAAUG